AUGGGAUCCCCAGAAAUUAUCGGUACCAGGAGCCAUGGUGGGAAGAAGACCACUGUGCUGAUGGUCGGCCAUAUGAUGCUGUUCACUGUGUAUGCCAUUGUUUUCUUCGUGGUAGUGAGCCAAAAAAGCAAGAGCGCAAGAGAGCAAGGGUUGCCCAUUUCCCCAGCCAUUCCUGCAAUACGUUACGAGGCACGUAAAUUCACGCUGGAGGACUGCAUCCAGGAGAAGGGAUCCUUCUCCGGAAAGCCCAGCGCAGAAGUCGACAAAGCAUGGCAUGAUCUCCUGAACACUGAGAACAUCAUCAUCGAGCCCGAGAUCAUGACCCACUAUGGCCGCGAAGACAUUGGCGUGGCUGUCCCCGAAGGAGACGGCUACCUAGGCACUCUGAAUGUCUACCAUGAGCUACACUGCCUCAAGCGUUUGCACCAGUAUAUGUAUCCACACUACUACUUUCCUGAUCUGACCCCGGAGCAACAUGAGAUGAAUCGAUUACACAAUAAGAGCAGCUCACUUCUCUCUCCCUGCCUCUUUUCUCCCCAAUUUAUCACACUUGCAUCGAAUAACCACUAA